AUGGCGCAGCGGGUCGUGGCCACCCAAGCGGUCACGCGCACCGGUGACGAAGGAGAGUCUGCCAAAGGCGCGGCAACCACAGCCGAAGCUUCCCUCAAAGGCCAAGAGCAGCCCAAGGCGAGCACAAAGGCUCCACCGCCGAUCGUCACAGGCAAUCGUCAGAAGCUAGCGUACCACGCUUGGGCGCAGCAGACGCGUGACGAGGAGAACGCCGAGGCCGCAGCUUCAAGCGCGGCGGCUGCCAGUUCCACGCAGAGGGUGCUUGCUACGCGCACCGAGGCCACUAUUGUAUUCGACUGGCACCACGUCUUGGACAAGGCCUGGAUCGAGUCCAGAGGUGCCACCUGGGACACCAAGCCUGGUUCCCACGGGUAUUUCAAUACUGAAUUUGUGGCCGCGCUAAAGGAAUUCUGCGAGGAACACAAGCCACUGCGAUUGGCGAUUCUGAGUUACAGCACGCAAUCCACCGCUCCUUGGUACCGCUUCCACUUCCUCGAGGAGGCCCUAGAGUGCUUAAGGGUGGCGUUGCCUUUGAGCAUCAACCUUAGCAUUGGGCAGACGUACCAGCGCACAGGACCGGACGGAAAAGCGCAGCAGUUGUGCCAGAUAGUGCCGCCAGCAAGCGUCGUGAUCGACGACAACCGAGGCAUUAUCAAGGAGUGCGCCAAAACCGGCGCACUCACGGUACAGGCUCAGAAAGGAGGAGGCGUCGACCAGUUGAUCUACGAGCUCAACCAGGCAAGUGCUCUGAUCAGGCGCCGUGGGCGCAACAACCUGCCCACGGCUCGUCACCUCGAGCCCCAAGAGCUGCUAUACGAGAGGUAG